AUGACGGGGAGGACUUCUGACUCGCAGCCGUCGCGGUCGUUACAGCCGUCGCGGUCGUUACAGCCGUCCCAGUUGUCACAGUCGACACAGUGGUCACAGGCGUCUCAGCCGUUACAGUUAUAUCAGUUGUCACAGCCGUCCCAGUUGUCACAGCUGUCUCAGCAGCCAUCACAGACUUCUCAGUCGUCGCAGCUGUCUCAGCAGCCAUCACAGACGUCUCAGCCGGUGUAUGACUUUUCGGUUGUUAUGGCGACUCUGAACCAAAGCAUUCGCCCCAGCUACACCCGCACACAGAACCCGAAAGGCACAGAUCGUGAACGACGGCUGUCGUACCACUUUGAGCCGAUUGAACAAAGCUUGUCGGAUACCAUGCGCAUGUGGGCACAGGAGGAUCGCGUCACGGUGCAACGUGCGCGUGCUAAAGCGCGCGAGAGGAGACGCUUGGAAACGUUGCAGUUUGGUGAUGGUGAGGCUGACAUCAUGGGCCGUGGUCGGCGAGUGAGUGAGGUGGAUGUCAAGAGGGCCGUGUUUUGCUGUGAUCGGUGUUGGGACUGUGCGAAUUGUAAUGGGGGGCGGAAGGGUCUGAGUUAGCGGGGUUUGUAGUGAAGCUUGGGCGACCUUGCGAAACUAUGGCAUAGUGCGUGUAUAUAAAGUAUGAUAUAUAUAUAUGUAUAUAUAUAUACUGGUGUACACAGCUAGGGUUGUCGUUGGGCGAGAUUGCUUUCCUAUUUUAUGACAUCCUGUGCUACGCUAGCUCAGAAUAGUGGGUUAUCCUCCCUGGAAAUUCGGAAUUUAGCUUUAUACAUAUUGAAAUGACCUAAAAUGGCCUCAGUGCCAAAUAAAAAUAAUCUAACAAAUA